GAUCUUUAUGGUUUGAUUUAGCGGGUUGUGUCCUCAUCGACCCGUAUCGAUAAGCACUGGGAAAACAGAAAGACGGUAUAUUGACGUUUUUCGCUGGUGAUCAACCAUUCAUGAACGAUUGCAGCAAACCGCAGUGCGGCAUUCCUCCUUGGUUGUGCAGGAGAUGUGAUUGCGCACGGUGUUGGAAACGCUGUAAUGUACGGAACGCUCAUUCCGUUGUGACGUGAGCGUGCACUGUAACAGCAUUGCAAGAUCAGCUUCUGGAUGUUAUGCAUUUUUGACGAUCCUGCUCGCAUUGUAUGAUUGAGGAAGCGAAUGAGUUACCUUAGAUUCAGCACGAUACAUUCUGAUCGUUUGGCGAGGCCUCAUCAAAUACCACUCAAGGUAAAUUGAUGGCUAGAGUUGAAUGCAUUUCUUCGUACUGUGAAAGGAUACUUAACACUAAUGGUGCGCUUUGAAGGAUGCGCAUUUGCUCGCUUUGAGAGGGAAGACGACGGUUCCAAGUGCCAAACAAAUGGAGCUCAGAAUCACAACAUGAAACAAAAAGUGCAAGUCUUUGGAGGAUUAUUCCCCGAUUAGUUCGUGGCGGGUUUGUUCUUCUUGCAUACCUCGGUUUCAGGUGAAGGAUAAAGAAGCAGUUUUGUUAAAUUUGUUUCACUGUUGCAGUUUUCAGGUCAUGCAAUCAAUGCGAACUGUGCGAAACUCUUGGUAUGUCACGGCAAAUUUUGCAACCUUUGGUGUAAACUUGAAAGGAUACAAUUUGGAACCACAAAAAAGGGGCGCAAUUAUCACUCUCCUCGUGUGAGUUAAGGAUAGGAUAAAUAGAUACCAUUAGUUGACAUCGAUUUUUAAAAAGGUCGGAAAUUUACACUUCUGGAGUCUCUCUGUAAGUUCGAUAAAGGAACACAAUAUAUAUAUAAUCAUAUAAUCAGUUGACAGGUUACAUAAUCUCUGGCUACAAAACAAACGAUUCCGUCUUGUUUGUCUGAUACGAUACCGGCAAUGUGAUAUUCUGAGAGUUCUUUUGAUUGUUAUCCUCAUGUUUCCAUCAUCCAACGAACGUCAUAAUGUCAUUAGCGGGAAGCUGCCGACCGCUUGUUUGGAUUAAUUUGGCAAUGUAAUAUUUUUCGAAUCAAUGUGAAUAGCCCUUGUUUGGAAAAUGUCACGGCGCAUGCUCAUUGCUUGUUACGGAACUGAUAAAUUGGUACGAACAGCUCCUUGACUUGAACUGCACCGUUUGUGUGGGUGGCUGUGAAGUACGCCGGUGGUUAAUUCCAAGACCAAUGCGACAACACGGCCGACCUGGCAAGUCCCCCUUGUCCGACCAGAACGUACACUACAUUACGCUAAGGAUAUGCCCUCUGACCAAGAUCCGACUGACAGCCCACCACCGACUGGGGUUAACUUGGGCCAGUGAGACUACGUUUCAAGUGCCAUUGAGGUUGAUCAACUUGGUGUCCAUACCGAUGUGGAUUCUCAGAUACUGUCUGAUUUUAUUGCUGAUGUUUGUAAGCUGUAAGUGCUCCCAUCCAGUAGACAGGAUACACAAACGACACGUACACAGACUAUUACGACAGAUUAAACAAAUAGAAAUGUCUCAACAGACGUCAAAGGAAAAACCGUCGUUAUUAAACAUAAUCAAGAAAUCACGAGAGAAACGGGGAGCACUAACGGCAGAACAGAGAAAGCAGUGUUGUCCAUAUGUCACCGAAACGAUAUCCCCGUUGGGGGGUUUCGAUCGCUCAAAUAGAAUAUUACAGUUAUAUCGGGACAAGAGAACAACACAAAAAUUUUACCAAACACGAUGUCUGUCCGGCAUUGAAAAUCAUCCGUGUAAAUUUGCUGAAAAAAGUAUAGCUGCUGACACGCAUUGCGUUCAGAAGGACACGUACCAGUAUGCUGUGGUAAGAGACUUUGGGGUGCCGCACCAACCCUAUCGAAUAGACUUCAUCCGGGUGAAAAGUGCCUGCACGUGUGAGAUGGUGCUGUAGCGUAACAUUUUCCAGGGUGUGUCGUGAUGACGCAGUACUGUACGAGAUUGUGGUGGGAAUUUGCAGUUGCUUGACGCUGGACUGGUACAUUCCAGUUCAGGAUCUACAAAGACGAGAAGUCCAUGACCGAGCGUAUGAUCCCCGAGUUGCAAGGUCUUGAUUUGAAAACGAAAGGAAAUUUGUGAUGGAAUUCAACAUCUAAAGUCGACAGUUAUCUCUUUAGCCAAUAUUGUUGAUUUCAGAGAUAUGGGAUCUCGGUGCCCGACCAUUACGAUAUUGACCAGAGUAUCCGCAAAUAAGUCGUGGUAUGGUAUUACACCUUGUAGGUCAGACGUACAUCGUGUGGAUUCUCUGAAAGGAAGUUAUUUGAAUAAGUCAGCUGAAAGUAGAGUGAAUGGGUAUGUUCAUAAGUCCUGUGGUUACUGUUCUGAAGCUGAGACCUUAGGAACGCUUCUAAACGAGAUUUCGGCUCACAGUAGUGGUAUAAUCUUAAGGUUGUCGUGAUAUGAGUUUGAGAUCGGAGGAUAGGAUGUCCUUUUGUCGUUAUAGACGAAUGUGUCCGUGUGGGGUAAAACGAACAGCGACAAUUCUGUUGGUAUGCGCAUACAUGACGGAGUCAAGGGUGAAACAGCAGUAACUAUAUAAAUCUGACAUUAAAGAUGAUCGUCUGUCACAACUGUUUCAUCGGGGUGUAUAUGUAUUUACCUAUAGAGAAUGCCAUCGUUCAACAUUUGCGAACCAUUAGACAAUGGAUAUCAUCUUGAGAUUUCAGGAGGAUAUAAUUAUCAUAUCAAACAUCAACAAGCCAAAGAUGACAAUAUCUGAAGCCUUUUUGGCAUAAGACACAGAGCACUCGAAAAACUAUAAUGGGUAAUUACCAAUGUAGCCUCAUGCACAUUAUAUGUGAACAUCGGGAUGGAAAACGGUGUGUAUAUACCUCAUGGGUAUCUGCAGUUGAGGCUUUCUGGUUCGGAUGCCAAAAUGAUGAGCUGAUUUAAUUAGCGAUUUAAAAACAGUGGCAUUGGAUUUUUCCGUACUUACUUCCACCGUUGUUUCAACAUACUUGUUGUUGUGCGUUAUUACACCGAGAACAUGAUUGUCUAUAGUAUCGUUUUAGAUUCGAGAUAUCAUUCAAACUGUUGAUAAUCAUGAAACGACUCAAACUAAAGGCAAGGAAUUGUGUGAAUUAUCUCUGAGCGAUCUGAAGCGUGUCAAAUUUGAGGUACAUGCAGAAGAUGCAAAAAGUCUUUAGAACACUUUAUGGAGAUCAUCUCUCAAAAAUUACACUCCCUUAAUCCAUUUCGUUCCUAGGGUCAUCUCUAUUGUAAAUAUCGCUCGUGUCGAGUUGCCCUGGGAAAGAAUGUGGCGAAACAGGGAACGAGAAGGAACUUGACAAUGCUCACCAAGUUAUUUUGGUCUGCUAUUUUGUUUCUAAGUGUCCCUAAGCUGUGCCAGUUGUGUAACAUUAAACUCUUGUAAAUGUCAACCUGCUGUAUAAAUAUUCAGAAUUAUUUUCGUAUUUAUUCGGUAGAAUUUCGUCGUGUUUA